ACAAGAAAUUCAUCAGUUCAUCUUCAGAUUUCUUCUUGUAAACACAUCUCAACUACCUCAAACCAUUCAUAAUGUUCAAGAUCCUCGCCCUUAUUGCCUGUCUGGCUAUCGUCGCCUCGGCCCAGUACCAUGGAGUUCCUGAGCACAAGGAUUACCAUGAUCAUCCCAAGUACAAGUUCGAGUAUGGCGUGAAGGAUCCCCACACCGGUGACCACAAGACCCAGUGGGAAGUGCGCGAUGGUGAUGUCGUCAAGGGACAGUACACGCUGCACGAGGCCGAUGGUACCGAGCGCGUGGUUGACUACAAGUCGGACGGUCACAACGGAUUCGAGGCUGAUGUCAAGAAGGUCGGACACGCUCACCACCCGAGCCAUCCGGUCCAUGCUCCAAUCCUUGCCCUCAUUGCCUGUCUGGCUAUCGUCGCCUCGGCCCAGUACCAUGGAUAUGGCGUGAAGGAUCCCCACACCGGUGACCACAAGACCCAGUGGGAAGUGCGCGAUGGUGAUGUCGUCAAGGGACAGUACACGCUGCACGAGGCCGACGGUACCGAGCGCGUGGUUGACUACAAGUCGGACGGUCACAACGGAUUCGAGGCUGAUGUCAAGAAGGUCGGACACGCUCACCACCCGAGCCAUCCGGUCCAUGCUCCAGUGCAUGCUCCAGUCCAUCAUGCCCCAGCUUACGCCCCAGUGCAUGUGCCGGAUCAUCAUGUCCACCACGGAUACUCGGGAGCCAGCUACGUCAACGUCGAUAAGCACUACUAAUAGAAUGUGUUAUUUUACCUUCAGAAUACUGCUUAAUAUGAUUGUGAUACAAAUUUUACAAAUUCAAUUUGCAAGAGGAAUACUGAAUAGAACAGUUGAAUGCAUACGCAUUCAUUAUAUAAUGCAGGUGAAAUAAAAAGUCACGUUGACUUAAACAACAUCUUG